AUCAUAGGUUAACUACUAAAAUGCACGAAGCUUUUAAAGUUUCUGUCGCAUUAGACAAAUUACAACAUAAAAUUGAGUCUAUUUUCGCUUAUGGCCAAAAGUUAUUUAUAGGAACUAAUACUGGGGUCUUGUUAAUAUACGAGGUAAACGAACCUUCAGAUGACGAACCAAUAACUGUUACCUUGAUCGAAACACACAAGAAUUUUUCAAAAAAACCAAUUGACCAAUUAGAUAUAAUCAAAGAAAUUGGAGUUUUGAUUUCACUUUCUGAACAAUUGCCAAAGACACGUGGUGCCAAUCUAUUCGCAAUUGAUACACAUAUUGAAAUCAAUGAAAAUAAAAUUCCAAUGAUAAUAACACGUUUAGCAGUUGCCGUGAAAAAAAAAUUGCUUGUCUUCACGUGGAAAGAUACAGAAUUUAAAGAUACAAAGGAACUUUUACCCCCGGAUAAGGUUCGAACAAUGGCAUGGGUUAGCUCUAGCAAAAUAUGUCUUGGGUUGGCUAAUGAAUAUGCACUAAUGGAUGUCAACACUGGCGCGCUCACCGAACUAUUUGCACCAUCCAGUACGCCUAGUAGUACAUCCUUUAGUUAUAUGGGAAUGAUAGGAGCCAAGGUUAGCAAACCUAUGGUGACAAAACUACCGAAUGAUGAAAUUCUUUUGGCUAAAGAUACUGGAAUAGAUUGGACCGGAACACCCGAAGAAAUAGGAUAUUCUUAUCCAUAUCUCAUUGCGAUCCUACCAAAGCAUGUGGAAGUUAGAAAUAUAAUGACUCAGUCUUUAGUUCAGACUGUUGAAUUGCCUCAAGCAAGAAUUAUUAAUCAAGGAAAAUAUUUAUAUGUUGCUAGUUAUAGCAGUGUUUGGAGGUUUACUCCUCUGAAUUUCGAGAAACAGAUAGAUCAAUUGAUUGAGAAACUUCAAUUCGAGGAAGCUAUAAGUUUAGCCGAACAAAUUGAACCAAUUUUACUUGAUGAUAAGGAAGCAAAAAUUUUUGAAAUUCGAAGGCUUUAUGCGCAUCAUCUUUUCCAACAACAGAAAUUUGAUGAAGCGAUUACUAUUUUUCAAGAAUUGGAAACUGAACCAGCAGAAGUUGUGGCAUUAUAUCCCACCUCUAUAUCAGGAGAUCUUCAUGCGGAUGCAAAUUAUCAUCAUGAUACUAAUAAAAAUUCUGAUGUAAAGACUACUGAAGAAAAAUCUGCACAAAUUCUCGGAAAUGUGGUUGAAGAACAUGAGAAUGGUUAUUCCGCUACGGAUUCUUCUGCUACUGAUUCUGCAUCUGAAGCAGAUGUUGGAUUAAAACAAAACGAAAAUGGCGUAAAAGAAACAGAAACAGAACAAAAAAUUUUCCUUGAAGGAAAAUUAUUGGAAGAUGCAGUAUCAGCAUUGAUAAGAUUCCUAACGGACCGAAGACAAAAAAUUUCAAAGAUAUUAAAGUCAUCAAAUCACAUUAAUGGGAAUUUCAAUAAGUUAUUAGAAUUUGCAGAAUUAGUAGACACGACACUAUUAAAGUCAUAUAUGGUUAUAAAUGAGUCAUUAGUUGGACCACUUCUUCGAGUGCCAAAUCAUUGUAAUGUAGAAGAAAGUGAAGGUCUUUUACUUGAUCGUAAGAAAUAUAGAGAACUGGUCGAUUUAUAUAAAGGAAAAGGAUUACAUCGACCAAUGACAGGAACUAUUCAUACUAUUCUUUAUUUACAAAAGUUGGGAAUGGAUCAUUUUGAUUUAAUAUUAGAAUAUGCAACAUGGGUUUUAGAAACUAAUCCAGAAGAUGGAAUGGAUAUUUUUAUAGAAGAUCACCUCGAAGUUGAAAAUUUACCACGCGACAAGGUGUUGGGAUAUCUUGAAAGAUUUUCGUAUGAUCUUUGCAUUAUAUAUUUAGAACAUAUUAUAUACGAAUUGGGAGAUCAGACUCCGAACUAUCAUAAUCUAUUAAUUACAACAUAUUUGAAUAAAGUUCAACAAUUAACAUCACGGGAUCAACAAAGUCACUCGGAAUUAAUUGAUGCUACGAAUAAAAAAUUAUUGAAAUUUUUGGAUGAAUCAACUCAUUAUAAGGCCGAAAAGAUUUUGGGUCAAUUACCUUUAGAUG